GCUACCGUUCCGCCAGUACACUUGCAAUGUUCACUUUUCGUCAUCAAACCGUUCCAGCUAAAAUUAUGCGUUCCACAGACAAUGUGACGUUUUUAACUGGCGCCGGCGCUUAGUUCAAAAUGAACGAAUGUCUUGUUUAUUGCUAUAAUUUCCGUACAAUUUUUGUAAUGGUUAUUACCCUAUUAUAAGGCUUAUUUUGUUUCUCUAAUAUCGAUCUCUGAUUCUCUGGUAAAAUGAAGCGCUCGGCUCCCCGCGGUGUAAUAAAAUCUAUUAUCAAGAAACACAAGCCCGAACUGCGACUAGAAACCAACAUUGAUCUGCUGGUACAUUUGAACUGCUUGCUGUUUAUUAAUAGACUGGCAAAAGAAGCUCGUCUAAAAUCUAUUGAAGAUAAAAGUCCUAUCAUAAAGCCUGUUCAUCUUCGAUCUGUGGCAAAGAUAAUUCUAAAGAAGUCAAAAGGAUAACCAUCAAAAGUGUCUUAUUGAUACAAUUUCAUUUUAUUUUCUUAUUUAUGUUCAUUGUUACUUUACCAUACAUUCAGGUCUCUGAAGAAUUUGUUAAACAGAUCACUAUUAGACCUACUUCUAAUUUUAGGAGUAUCCAUUCUACUUAUUUUGAAAUGUUGUUUGCCGCUAAUUGAUUUUUUAUUUUUUUAUUUUUUUUUAUUAUUUUAUCUACUGAAAACUUGUGAAGCCCCUUUUUCUUUGCUUAUUUUCAGAAAAUAAUGCAUACCUUCUUUUCAGAUCAGCAUGCUUAUUGCUACGUACAGCAAAUGGUUACCAGACGAGUGUUAAUACAGAGUCAGUAAUUCCUUACAAAAAAACUAUUGAAGAAUGUUUGGCAAUAACAUAAAAACACAAGUCUUUAAAUCUCAGAAAAGUCUUCUGUAUAUCUCUAGGGUUCUGGAAUUUGUAAUUGUCACCUAUAUUGCAAGUGUCAUCCAUGAAUCAACCACCUUUCUGUGAAGAAAUGAUUACUCCUGCACUUCUUUCCAACUUGAUGUCACUUUUCCUUCUAUGAGUAUUGCUUUUUUUAUUCUCAUGUUUAUUAUAGUCAUACAUAAUUGACAGGUUUACAUCAUUCCCUCUCUAUGAUCAAGCAUCCUACUGCUAUUAUGUCUUGCACUGUUUUAAAGGACCAUUAAAUAUUGCAAUAUUGCUCUUCUUAAA